AUGAAUGCACUGCCACAUCUGCACAGCGGGAGGCGGCAUGUCAGCGGCAGCAAGAGAUCAAGGCUGUCGGCAACGACGACGACCAUGGCGAUAGGAUUUCUCGUGGGCAGCAGCUGCAGCAGCAACAGCAGGUGGAGUGGCGGCGGGGGAGCGGAUGCCUUCGUGCUGCCGUCUGCGCCGAGAAGUCUGGGGCAGCGUGGACGCCAACACCGCGAGGACCAGAGAUGGGAUCACCGUCGGCGUGCUGGCUUUCCCCCAGGCGUGUCGUCUGCGGGGAGGAGGUCGGCUGGGCGGGUGUGCUCGUCUCUCGGAAACACGGAGGAUGAAACAGCCGCGGCGUCCAAGAAAGCCUUCGACGACAUCCUGGAGAAGGGCAACACCGAGGAGUGCCUCAACCUCCUACGACGGUCCGGCAGCAAGCUGGAGAUCGGCAUGGCAGAGGCGAGCAAGCUGCUCAACGUCAUGUCCGGCGAACUCAAGCUCGAUCUGAAGAAGGAAAACCCCCACGACAACCUCACCAACACCUACAACGCCCUGAAGGCGGCCGGUCUGCUUCGGGGCUUCGGCUCCAUCGACUUUUCGAAGGGUCCCUCCUCCCAGAGCCGGGACGUGUCCGCCGAGAAGCUUCUGUCGCUGUCGGGCGUGGAGAAGCAGAACCUGGCACCGGGGAGGCCGACGGGGUCUUGGCUGGCGGCGGGGGUCGGGGUGUUUGGAGCGGAGUACCUGGCGGGCAUUUUGAUGGGCCUGGACCCUUUGCAGACCGUCAUCCCCUGGACGUUAGGUCUUAUCUUCGCGGACAGGCUGCUGCUGAACGGGGCCUUGUCAGAGUCUCUGACGCGCUUGAUCGUGCCCGCCUACCGGGAGAGGAUAAUCCGCCACGAGGCCGGGCACUUCCUUGUGGCCUACCUCCUCGGCUGCCCCGUGCAGGCGUGCCUGCUUGAUCCGUUCGUUUUGGGGAGCGGCCUGACCGGCGCUCAGGGGGGCACGGUCUUCGCCGACCCCGUCCUCUCCAAGCAGAUGGCGGACGGAAAGCUCACCAAGUCGUCGAUCGACAGGUUCUCCAUCGUGCUCAUGGGAGGCAUUGCGGCCGAGGCGAUCAACUACGGCAACUCGGAGGGAGGGUCAGCAGACGAGGGGGUCAUGAUCGGCAUCUUGAGCACAAUCGCGCCGCCGUUCGACCGGGAGCAGAUCAAGUCUCAGGCGCUCUGGGCGGCCACGCAGGCGGUGCUGCUUAUCCAGGAGCACAAGGAAGCGUACGAGGUGCUUGUGAACGCCCUCGAGAGCGGCGCGGAGCUCGGCGAGUGCGUGACGAUCGUCGAAGCGGAGCUGGCGAAGAGGGAGCUGCCCGGAGACGUUAGGCGCGCUCGCCGACAGCCUGCAUCACCGGCGGACGAGAUGCGCAGCAUGCUGGUGCGACGCAUGAGCCAGACGAAUCGCUCGGAGCAAGAGCGCAGGGCGAAGGAAGCAGCCGGCGCGGCAGCGAGAGAGAGGGCGUCUGCGACAAGAGCGGCCACCCUGGAGUUAGAACAAGAGCUGGCCGAGAAGGACACGGCCAUGCUGGACCUGCAGCGUCGGGUGGAGGAUUUGGAGCGCAUGCUGGAGUCGGGCGCGACGAUCGGCCCCAAGGCCUUGAAGGACGAUUCCGGAGGCGUGUGGAUGAACGACCUCAAGUCGCUGAGAGAGGACAUUACGGCGACGAGCGAGAAGAACAAGGUAGCGGCCGCUGCUCUCGACGCGGUGCUCUCCGACGAACCAACAACACCGGUGACGUCAUCAUCAUCAUUGUCAACCUCGGCGGCGACACCAUCAUCACAGCCGCUGGCGGCGGCAGCAGCAGCAGCAGCAGCAGCUUCGCCCGAAGAAUCCGCUCCCGUGUUGUCGCCAGAAGAGGCGAGGAAGGCGGAGAUUCUGCAGGACAUCGACCGGAAAACGGCCAAGAACGCGAAGAAAAUGGCCGAGGUGGAGGCGAGGCUGCGAAGUUUGGAGGAGAAACAAUGACCAGGCCGGCGGCACAUCAUCAAAUAACGCGAGCAACACGGUCGGCGACAUGGAGGGGUUGUAAGCACGAGUAUGGCAGAGUCCUAGGAGAAGCAGCGGCAAGGAUACACACUAAUGACGAUGUAACGAGGAAACAGAAGGGGAGAGGGGGAGGGGCUAACGCGAGGGUUGUGGUUGUACAGGUGAAGUAUUUUUUAGACGGCAAUCGUUGGUUGUUGUUGUUGUUGUUGUUGCCGCAGAUCGAGAGGUUUUGUCGAGGAGACUAACGCGGAUCCCAGGAAGCACCGCCCGAUGCACAGUUAAGGGGCUGCUGUUGAUCCUGCCAGCCAUUCGUUUGCCGGCAGUGGUGCUGUUACCACCAAAGAUGGGUCCUGCGAUGGGGGUAACGUUGCGGCGACAUGUCAUGUGUUGCAGAACGUAAGGGUCGGGUGCACGAUAAAAUAGGGUUGGAGAAUGGAUCGACGCUUUGCCACCAGAAUGACAAAUCUGGGCGAAGGGGCCGCGGGGGGCGGGGAC